UACUUGACACUAUUGGGAAAAGCACCGUGGCCGAAAACUUCGGGAAAAAUGAAAAAAGUAACAGGCGUAAGGACUUUAUCCGUGCAUCCGCUGGAGAGAUAAGGAACAACAGCGAUGGAUCUGCAUGUUUUCUCCGUGGAGCUGGUUUCAAACUGACAAUGGUGUCGAAGGAGGAAAAAACGCAGAUUUUCUCGCAAUUCCAUUGAAAGUAAAUUUACUCAUGGAGAAAGGAGCAAGUCGGGAGUCAUGAGCACAGGUGUGAAGAAGCCUCCAUUAGCUCCCAAACCUAAACUCCCUGGUACCACCAAACCCUCUCCCCCUCCCAUCGCCCCCAAACCGGGACUCCUCACCCAGUCUUCAGUUGUCACCCAACCUUCCCCCGCCACUCUCAAGAGGACAAAACCGGCUGUUGCCCCUAAACCAUGCAUCCCCAAAUCUGCAGCUUCUUCUCCGCCUGUUUCACCCCCACCACCCAAACCCCAUGAAACCCUUAUCCUCUCUCAGGAAGCUUUAGACGACAGCCUCUCACUUCUCAACUCCAAAAAUGGGAUUUUAUCAGAGUCUAGCAAGUGUGAAUCGGACUACAUCAUUCCCACCUGCUCCUGUGAGCUCCAGGACUGUUCCCAAUGCCAGCGCCUUGAAAAUGGAGGUGUAACUGAGCUUGGGAGCGAUUUGCACGAAGAUCUGCUGCAGAAUGGGAUUUCUACAGAGGGGUUCACCGGGACGAGGCCACGAGAGAAAGCAGAAAACCGGGAGGAGGGAGUCACUGUGGAGAAGGGUGAAGGCGGAGGGUUUAGCAAAAAGCCCAGGGAUAAACCUCAAAGACAGAGACACCUGGACAGGGGGUCGGUAAACAAAGAGGCAGAGAGGACUGAGGAGCAGAGGGGGAAAGCUGCAGAGGCUGUAAAACAUCAGGAAAGUGCAGAGCCUUAUGUGUCCAAAGCGGAUGUACACACUGACGACCAAAACACACGUUUAACAGACUCUAAGCCAGCCUGUGAUGUUGCAGGCAGCAUCAUCGUCUUCUCAAGUAUCACUCCUCAGGAGUUUCUUGCAGAAUCCUUUCAGGUAGAAUGCAGCAAAGCCUCUCCUACCAGGUUACACCCUGAUAUGCAGGUUCCUGCUGCCCCCAGUAAACCUCUCCCAGUCCCUCACCCGCGAAAACUUAAAAAGCCGGCCCUGGUGCGGCAGGACGGCGUGGAAGCCGGUGCCCAGGACCAGAUGCGAGAGGCUGAGGCGAGACUGAGUCUGGCUGCUCUCAGCUCAGAGGGCGAGGAGCUCAAACAGGACAUAAGUGACGACCCUUUACCCCAAAAAGACUCAGGUGUGGGAGACGAUGAGCCAGACGCGCCCGUCCCCCCUCCACGACAGACCUCGCUGUCGCCUCGCCUCCACAGAACAGUCUACACACCCCACUCGCUUAACAAAAACACCUCACACUCCUUAGUCGUGCUCUCACAACCCGAAUCAAUGAAGAAAGAGGGCGAGGAGCACCGGGUGGACGAGGAUGAGGAGGACGGGUACGGUGACUUUGAGCGGUACCCGAUCACUCACAGCCUCCCCAAGCAGAUCAAACUGGGCUGCCACCCUCCCCUGGCUAACUCCAGGAAAGCCUUCUCCGCCGAAGAUCAGCCGUCGCCGAGGGCGCCACCUAGAAAACCUCAAAGACACAGCCUGCCAGCACCCCCUCCACCCUCCAUCUGCCCUCCUGCACCGCCACAUGCUAACACCCCCAUGAGGGAACUGCCCGCGCCUCCUCAGGAGAAAACACCCUGGCGCUUCACCCGACCCUGCGUGACCUUCUUCAGCCGGCAGAUCCCCACCAGGAGCAGCGUGCCGCCAAAAGGCCGAGCUCCGGCGCUGGGGGGCAAGCAGAGGGCGCAGUCCUUCUCUGCAGCCGACCUUGCAAUGCGGGCCAACUCUCAAAAGAGGGGCCUCUCUUUCCGGAAGCUCCUGGAGCUCAGGCUGUCUGUCAAGAUGCUGCCAAAGCUGCUGGCCAAGGGAGGGCAGUCCCUGGACUGUACCAGUGUGGAGUCAAACCGGGGGGAGAGAAGCCUGGAGCGGCCCAAUAGCUGCAUAGGGGAGGCUGAUUUUUGUGGAGACGGUGGAGAGGGAUCAGUGGAGUAUGAGAACGUUCCUCUGUAUGAGGAAAUCCCCGAGUAUAUGAACCUGCCGUUUCACAGUGCGAGGCUGGGGUGGCCAAAUGAUCCGGAUGCAGCAGAUUCAGACAUCUAUGAAGUGCAGGAUCCUUAUCACAGAUGCCAAGACCAUGAAUACGAGAGCGGCUGGCUGAGGCAGGACGUCCACUCUGAGGAGGAGGAGAUCCACAGUUCAGAUGAAGAGGACAACAGCUCAACCUCCAGCAAGGAGCACCUGGACGAGGCGGACAGACAGCAAGAGGACGAGAUGAAGAGGAAGAAGGUGGUGCACAUCGCCCAGGAGAUUAUGAGCUCGGAGAAAGUGUUUGUGGACGUCCUGAAGCUUCUUCACAUAGACUUUCGGGAUGCUGUUGCCAAGGCAACCCGUCAGAAUGGGAAGCCGGUGGUGGAUGAGCGGAUCCUCAAUCAGAUCCUGUAUUACCUUCCACAACUGUACCAGCUCAACAGAGACCUGCAGAGAGAGCUGGAGGAGAGAGUGGCACACUGGAGCGACCACCAGAGGCUGUCGGACAUCUUUGUCCAGAAAGGUCCUUACCUGAAGAUGUACUCCACCUACAUCCGUCAGUUCGACAACAACGUGGCGCUGUUAGACGAACAGUGCAGGAAAAACCCAGCGUUCGCCGCCAUCGUCCGAGAGUUUGAGAUGAGUCCGAGAUGCGCCAGCCUGGCUCUGAAACACUACCUGCUGAAACCAGUGCAGAGGAUCCCUCAGUACCAGCUGCUGCUCACAGAUUAUCUGAAGAACCUCCCGGAGGACUCGGAGGAUUAUAAAGACACACAAGCUGCCCUCAGCAUAGUGAAGGAAGUGGCCAACCAUGCUAAUGACAUCAUGAAACAAGGGGACAACUUUCAGAAGCUGAUGCAGAUCCAGUACAGUCUCAACGGUCACCAUGAGAUCGUGCAGCCAGGCAGAGUGUUUCUGAAGGAGGGCACUCUGAUGAAACUGUCCAGGAAAGUCAUGCAGCCACGGAUGUUUUUUCUGUUUAAUGACGCACUCAUGUACACCACUCCGGUCCAGUCUGGCCAGUAUAAACUCAACAGUGUCCUCUCUCUGGCUGGGAUGAAGGUGAGUAAGCCCAGCCAGGAGGCCUAUCAGAACGAGCUGAACAUUGAAAGUGUUGAACGCUCCUUCAUCCUUUCUGCCAGUUCGGCUACAGAGAGAGACGAGUGGCUGGAGGCCAUCGCCAAGGCCAUAGACGACUACACGAAGAAGAAAAUCACAUUUAUAUCAAGUCGAAGUCAGGAGGAGGCUGAGGGUGUUGUUGACAGCGGAGCCCCGUUAGGUUCGAAGGCUCCCAUCUGGAUCCCAGACCUGAGGGCCACCAUGUGCAUGAUCUGUACCUGCGAGUUCACCCUCACCUGGAGGAGGCAUCACUGUCGCGCCUGUGGAAAGGUGGUGUGUCAGGCAUGCUCUGCUAAUAAGUACUACCUGGAGUACUUGAAGAACCAGCCAGCACGUGUGUGUGAUCACUGCUUUGCCAAGCUACAGGAGAACAGUGACCGCUGCGCCUCAACAUCAGUUUCUCCCAUCAAAUCUGGAGCUUUCUCCUUCACUAGGAAACAGAAGAAGAUUCCUGCUGCACUAAAAGAGGUUUCUGCCAACACGGAGAACUCGUCCAUGAGCGGCUACUUAAACAGGUCAAAAGGCAACAAGAAGCAGUGGAAGAGGCUGUGGUUUGUCAUUAAGAACAAAGUCCUGUACACCUACGCUGCCAGCGAGGACGUAGCAGCGUUGGAGAGUCAACCCCUGCUGGGUUUCUUCCUGAGGGAGGAGAAGAACGGGCCGGCUCAGAAGCUGCAGUUCAAACUGUAUCACAAAAACACGCUGUUUUACAUCUUUAAAGCUGACGACAUCCCCACUGCACAGAGAUGGAUCGAAGCCUUCCAAGAGGCAAUGAUCCUGGAACAGUAAUCGCCUUUUCAGCAGUGAAGUCACAUCACAGCCCCGGAGCCAGUUGAAAGACAACUUACGACCCCUGACUGAUCUCAGGUCAGGGGUCACCAGCUCAGGAAGGACUCCGGAUGGACUGUUUUACUUUAAACAGAAACCAACUGCAGAACAACAGACUGCGCUUCCCUCAAAGAACUGGAUACUGUUUCUCUAAACUUACUUUCUACCAACAACCGCUACUGAUGCUCAGCGCCGCCGGCUGAGGUCAGAGCUAAUGGUGAGCUGCAGCUGUGGGUCAAAGGUCAAGUCCAGAAGCAUGUGUGUGGAAGUGAGACCAAACAGUUGUCAGGGCCGUUUAAAGCCCUCGAAAAUCCGAGAAAGUCUGAAGUCUCAGGAUGAUUUUUUAAAAGCAAAUGAAUGAAGGAAUCACUUUAGUGUAAAAUAUAUAAAACUGUCCGCCUUCAUUCAAGCACGUUGAUAUUGGCUACCUACAGUUUAGACGAAAUCUAAAGUUAAUAACACACAAAAACACACACACGUCAUAAAAUAUUCAAAAUGAUAAGAUGCUGAUGAUGUAACAAGGUGGGAUUUUACUGUGAAAAUCAGGCUUGAAGUUAAUAUUCUGCUCUGUAGGUUGAUCUCUCUGGUUAAGAGAUUUUACUCCGUACUAUAUUUUUAGAUUUAAAACACCAAACAUUAAAAUCAUGGGAUUAAAAAAAAAAAAAAAAAACAACAUCCUGGAGAAAACUGGAAAUAUCAUGAAUAAUGUAGAUAUUCUUCUUACAGUUAAAUGUAGUUUUGCCACGUUAGAGAUGAUUAAUGGGUAAAACUGUGUAUAUGGACAUAAAAGAGCAACAGUGACCUUUUUUUAUAUCAAAGCCAAGAGCUAAUAUUUAUAAAAUACGAAGAUUUAUUGUUUGAAAAGCACAGGCUGCCACUUAUUUUGGGAGUCAGGGUUUGUGAGGAAAUACGUUUCCAUCGAAAACAUUAUUUUUUUUAAAUUUAAAAGAGAACUGCUUCAAGAAAAGGGGCUUUUUUUAUGAGCAAAUACUGUGGGAAGUAUGCAUGAACUAUAUUUUCAAAGGAAACGCUCAAAAGAAAAGAAAACAUUUAGAAUUUUGAUGCUUGUUUCCGCAGACAUUGUGCCUUAUAUCUCCUGUUCUGAGAUGAAUUUGCGAUAAUAUAGAUGCUCUGUUUGAAAUUCGUCACUAAACGAGGAGAAACUGAAGCAUCCAGUUCGCACGACUACUCACUUUGUAGCCAGGGUACUUGAGGUUUGUAGUUUUAAAAACAGUAAUUUUUUUUUAGGUGUGUUUCUUCCUGGUUAGGUUUCCAAUACGUUGCACUACUCCAUCAUGGCAAAUGAGUUGAUACCACAGUUAAAUAAACCCAAAUCCUACUUUCUUUUUAGUGAAGACAUAAAACGGAUAAUACUGUCAUUAGAGCUCUUUGGCUGCUGUUGGCGUACAGUGUCAUUUGUGCAUCACUGAGAUUUGGACAGGUGAGGUGUAAAUCUGCAGGAGCCUGGUCGAAGAAUGCAAGUCAGGAGCUACAAAGCAUGCGCUUCUUCAUGAUUGUACAUUAACAUUUGUAAACAUGCACUCUAUCAGAGUUAGAGUCUCCUAUAAACAAUGUUUCUAAACUGUCAGGCAACAGUUUUUAAUAAAAUAAAAAAUAUAUAUAUAAAUAUA